AUGGGCAGAAGGAUUAGCUCAGUGAGUGCCAGGCUCGUCAGGCACCAACCAUUGCCCCUUAGUUUGGGUUGUGCUAACAACAAAAUUAAAGGCAAAAGUCUUCCUACUAUGGUUAAGCUAUACCAUCCACGACUUCCACUUACAAAUAAAGCUUCAAGUACUACUGACUUGAUUGUCAAACACCCUGUUACGUCACUGCCAGUGGCCACAGUCAUUAGGCUUCUAAAAAAGAAAAGAAUCAAUUAUGGAUGCUUGCCUAACCUCUAUGAAAGCGUAGAAAAUCUAAAUGAAACCUAUGUUCAGUCGAACAAAGACAAGGAUAUCCUUUUAAAACCCAAAUCUUCAGUUGGGAAUAUCUCUUCAGUUCCUUUUCUAUUGCGUAAUGACAUUGCGACACCUGAGAGGAGUUUCUAUUGUUGUUCCUACAAUAGUGGCCACUUUACUGUUUCUGAUGACCCUAGUGCUCUAUGUCCUACUUGUCAGUAUAGCAUGUCGAAGAAGUUGACGUAUGUUGCUCCACCCACGGUGAAGGGAGGUGUGGCAGCAACAGGGGGUUUCGUAAAGGAGGUUGUGACAUACAUGGUGAUGGACGACUUGGUAGUUAAGCCUAUGUCCACCAUUUCUAGUAUUACCCUUCUCAACAAGUUUAAUGUCAAGGAUUUUGGUGUGCUGCAGGAGCAAGUAGUAAGUGUUGGAAUGGAAGAGGCAUUGAUGCUGCUGAAAGUAUCUUUCGAGUCGAAAUCAGUUCUGACAAGUGUUUUCAUGAGCUCUAUUCAGGCGGAGAAAUAG